AUGGAGAGUCAGAGAGUCCAGUCCUCCUACAGAAAGCGGUUCGGGCCCCAGGGCUCGAGCAGCACAGCAGUCCGAGUCGGUGGCCUUUCUUCCAGCCGCCUCUCCUGGCAUGGCACCCCUCGCAACCUCACCCACUCCAGCCCCAUAUCCAGGAUCUCCCUGGGCUCCACCAGCACGGCCCUGCUGCUGGGGAGCCCCGCUGAUCGGCUGGACUUCUCAGCCGACUCUCUGAUGAAGGCCCAGUUCAAGGAAACUCGCACCAAUGAGAAGAUGGAGAUGAUGGGCCUGAAUGACCGCUUCGCCAGUUACAUCGAGAAGGUUCGCCUGCUGGAGCAGCAGAACAAGGUGCUGGUGGCGGAGCUGAACCAGCUGAAGGGGAAGGAGCCCAGCCGCCUGGGGGACAUCUACCAGGAGGAGCUGAGGGAGCUGAGGAGGCAGGUGGACGGCCUCACCGCCGGCAGGGCUCGGCUGGAGAUCGAGAGGGACAACCUGGCUGCAGAUGUGGCCACGCUGAAGCAGAGAUUGCAAGACGAGGUUUCCCUCCGCCAGGACGCAGAGAACAAUUUGAACAGCUUCAGACAGGAUGUGGAUGAGGCGGCUCUAAAUCGUGUCCAGUUAGAGAGGAAGAUCGAUGCCCUGCAGGAUGAGAUAAACUUCCUGAAGAAAAUUCAUGAGGAGGAGCUGCGAGAGCUGCAGGAGCAGAUCCUGGCCCAGCAGGUCCACGUUGACCUGGAUGUGUCCAAACCAGACCUGACUGCUGCUCUGAGAGACAUCAGGGUCCAGUAUGAAACCAUGGCCUCCUCAAACAUGCAGGAGACGGAGGAAUGGUACCGGUCCAAGUUUUCUGACCUGACAGAUGCAGCCAAUCGAAACGCAGAAGCCCUGCGCCAGGCCAAGCAGGAGGCCAACGAAUAUCGGCGUCAGAUCCAAGUGGUGACCUGCGACCUGGAGGCUCUCCGAGGCACAAACGAGUCUCUGGAACGCCAGCUGCGGGAGAUGGAGGACCGCUGCGCCAUGGAAACGGCCGGUUACCAGGAUACGGUGAGCCACCUGGAGGAGGAGAUCCAGGCGCUGAAGGAGGAGAUGGCGAGACACCUGCAGGAGUACCAGGACCUCCUCAAUGUCAAACUGGCUCUGGACAUUGAGAUUGCCACCUAUAGGAAGCUGCUGGAGGGAGAGGAGAGCAGGAUCACUAUUCCGGUUCAGAGCUUUUCCAACCUGCAGUUUAGAGAGACUAAUCUGGACACUAAAACCCCAGAGGCCCAUGUGAAGAGGAGCAUCCUGGUUCGAACCGUGGAGACCAGAGAUGGGGAGAUCAUUAAGGAAUCAACCACUGAACACAAAGACCUUCCUUGA